AUGGCUUCAAGUGAGGAUGAGCAACGGCAUAAAUGCCGCGAUAUGAAAAACAAUGUUGCUGUUGCAGUGAGAAUUCGACCACAAAAUGCAAGGGAAAUGGCUGCAAAAGAGAAGAUUUGUGUAUUUAUUUCUCAAGACGAACCACAAAUCACAAUUGGACGGGAUAAAUCCUUCACUUAUGAUUUCGUCUUCUCUGACCAGUCAACCCAAGAAGGUGUCUACAAUAAAUGUAUUCAUAAUUUACUAGCUGGCGCUUUUGAUGGUUAUAAUGCGACUGUUUUGGCUUAUGGACAGACUGGAAGUGGUAAAACUUACACGAUGGGGACUUCUUUUGAUGUGAAUCAAUUCAAUUUGGACACAAACAUUACUGCCGGAAUCAUCCCGCGAGCAGCUAGGCAUCUUUUUGAAGGAAUGGAGGAGAGAAAACUUGCUGCCAAGACAAAUGGUGCUGUUGAGCCAACUUUCGAAUUAAAUGUCCAAUUUAUUGAGCUUUAUAAUGAAGAAAUAAUUGAUUUACUGUCUGACGGUCGUUCUCGCAACACAAUCAGAAUUCAAGAAGAUCAUAUUCGAAAUGAAAUUGGUCUUAAAGGUGCUACUUGGAAAUGUGUAAAGAGCGCAUUGGAUGUAAUGACUGCUUUAAAAGCUGGGUCUUUGAAUAGAACUACUGCUGCGACAAAUAUGAAUCAACAGUCAAGUCGCUCACAUGCAAUCUUCACUAUUAAAAUUAAACAGAGUCGAGAUGAUUCUCCUAAACAACAAACAACAGAACUUGAAGUUUUACAUGCGAAAUUCCAUUUUGUCGACCUGGCUGGCUCUGAGCGAUUAAAGAGAACUGGUGCAACUGGUGACCGUGCUAAGGAAGGAAUCAGCAUCAAUUCUGGACUGCUUGCUCUCGGGAACGUAAUCUCUGCUUUGGGUAGUGGAAAGGUCACCCAUGUUCCUUACCGUGAUUCUAAACUCACUCGUUUGUUGCAAGACUCGCUUGGUGGAAACAGUCGAACGUUAAUGAUUGCAUGUGCCAGUCCUUGUGACGUUGAUUUUAUUGAAACGCUUAAUACAUUAAAUUAUGCGAAUCGGGCCAAAAACAUCAAAAACAAGAUUGUGGUUAAUCAAGACAAGUCUUCCAAAUUAAUAACUGAGCUCCGUACUCGUAUUGCUAUUCUUGAAUCUCAACUAUUGGAAUAUCAAUCAAACAAGUCUUAUAAAGUAAUAACGGAGCUCCGUGAUCGUGUCGCCUCUCUUGAAUCUCAACUAUUGGAAUAUCAACAGGGCAAGCGCUUAUUAAAUGGAGGCGAGGAGGCGUUGAUUAAUGACCAAUAUGCAGAUAAACUUUUGUAUGGCUCUCCUUAUGUUCAUCAACAAGAAUCAUCUAAUCCUACCGAAAGUUUAAUAAAUCAGGCGAAGGAAGAAAUUGAAAUGGAAAAAAAGGCGUUGAAUGAGGUUGAAGCUAAAUGUCUUAACCAAUUCGAUGAAAAAGAAAACGUUUUGGAUGAGAUUUGCGAAGAAGAGAAUAGUGACGAUGAUGAUGAAGAGGAUGAGGAGGCUGAUCCGGCAGAAAAACAAAGUUUAGAGCGUAUUGAUCAAAUUCACUCUGAUUUGGCUAAAAUUUACGAAGACAUUGGCGUCAAGGAACGCCUUGUAGCCGAGCUAGAAGCGAGUCAACGUCGUUUGGAGGAACAGCGGAGGGAUUAUGAACAAAAGAUGGAAGAACUUUGCAAGAAGAUUCAGUCUACAGAGGCGGAACGGGACAAAGUUCUUGAACAGAUGACAGCGAAGAAACAGACCAAACAACUGAAAGAGGAGAUUGAUAAAGUUAAAAGCGAAUAUGAGAGGCGUCUUUCUGAUAUGCGACUCGAACAUAAAAGAAUUGAAUUGGCCGAGCGUGAUAAUAAAAAGAUGCAAGCACAAGAAAAUAAACGUCAUAUGGAACUUGUUCGAAUGAGAAACGACUUGGAAAAUAUAAAGCGACAAAAAGUUGAAGUAAUGAAAAAAUUAAAGGAAGAAAAUAAAAGAAUUCGUGUAAUUCAAGCUGAAAAUAAUCAAAAAGUGGCCACAUAUGAAAAAACUCAAAGACAACAACAAAAUAAAAUACAAAAGCUUGAAAGGGAAUCUGCACUUAAAUCUGAAACUUUAAGACGAAAGGUGGAGGAAGUUCAGAAACUGAAGGAUUCUCAAAAGGCUGUCAAAACUCGUCGUCAGACCAUUUAUGAAGUUAGGCGUGGAGUUAAGUUAGAGACUCUUCCUGAGGUUCGUCUACCACCAAUUCCUGAUUUGGAUACAACAUAUAUUAUUCAGGAGGAGGAUGUGAAGAAGGAGAAGGCUUUUCAUACUCCUACAAAUUUUGCCAAAACUCCAAAAUAUAAGCAGACUCCAGUUCGUACAAAACGCCAAUGGAAUGCUAUUGAACGAGCGAUUGAGGGCUUUACUGUCAAAAAGAAUGCAAUUGAACGUGAAGAGAAGGCUAUGGAUCGACAGUGUGAUGAACGUCGAAAACUUCAGGAUGAACUGUCACGUCUUCAAACCAAUUUCUCUUCGAUAACAGAUCCUUCCACUCGUACUUUAGUAUUAGAACAACUAGAAAGUACUCAGCAAAAACUUGAUUAUGUGCAGCAAGAAAUUGUAAAUAUACAAAAUACAAUUGUGGAUUUGACUGAUGAGCAGAUUUGUCUUGAGCCUUCUACUUCGCGUCGCAUGUCUGUUUUGGCAUUUCCGUGUGCUAAUGAUGGUGUAAAGGAUCUAGAUUCUUUAAUGUUCCAAUUCUCUCGUCAAUAUGCUAUCCCUCAAGAAAUGCUCUAUAUUCUUCGCAAUUUGAUUGAUUUGACAAUUCAAAAGGGAGUGGACAAUACCAAACUUGAAUAUGAGAAGAAGGAAUUGCAGGCAUUGUUAAAUAUUGACCCAAAUGAUGAGAAGGAAGAAAAUAAAUUAAAUCAGGUACAUGACACUACAUUUCUUCAAGGUUCCCCAUAAAUAUAAAUUUAUUGUAGUAUUUGUUUGAUUAGUUUUUUUGUCCACGAUUAUUUUUAUUUAACUGGCCACCUGGUUCUUAUAUUUAGUUGGAUACGCUUUUGUUAAAAACUUCGGGUUUAAAAUUAUAUCGUGGACAAAAUUAAUUGGAGACCGGACUGGGAGUGUCGUAAAGAAUCAAGAUCGAUAUAUCUCGAAAAAUAUCGAUCUUGAUAACCUAUAUUUUUCUUCAAGAUCUCGUCUCGAUCCGAUCUCUAAUCUUAAUAUUCCUUAUGUGUCUGUCCAAAAAUAUGCCUUAUAUGACUUUAAUGCGCAAUUGUUUCCUAAAAUUACGCGUAUUGUUUU